UCCUUCUCCUCCUCCUCCGCUUUCCCUGGAGGGGGGGCUGGGAGCUAUAAGAGCUGUGCACUGGGUGCAGCACACAGAGGUAGGGGUUCCCCAGCACCAUGUCUGGAUCCAGCCCUGCUACAGUAUCACUAGAGCCAGGCAUCACUGGGUCCCUGAACCGAGGCCAAACGGACGCCAGCAACAUCUCUGUCCCCCCGCAUCACCCUGUUCCCCGUGCUCAGACCUACCUGGAUGAGCUCAUCAGCAUCCCCAGAGGCAGCGCGCCCGGCUUCAGCUUCAGGAAGCUGUGGGCUUUCACUGGCCCUGGUUUCCUGAUGAGCAUCGCCUACCUGGACCCAGGCAACGUGGAGUCAGACCUGCAGUGCGGGGCCGUGGCCGGCUUUAAGCUGCUGUGGGUGCUGCUGUGGGCCACAGUGCUGGGACUGCUGUGCCAGAGGUUGGCCAUCCGCCUGGGCGUGGUGACGGGGAAGGACCUGGCAGAGAUCUGCUACCUCUAUUACCCCACGGUGCCCCGUGUGCUGCUGUGGCUCAUGAUGGAAAUCGCCAUCAUCGGCUCAGACAUGCAGGAGGUGAUUGGGACGGCCAUUGCCUUCAGCCUGCUCUCAGCCGGACGCAUCCCGCUCUGGGGUGGUGUUCUCAUUACCAUCACAGACACCCUCUUCUUCCUCUUCCUUGACAAGUAUGGGCUCCGCAAGCUGGAGGCUUUCUUUGGCCUCCUCAUCACCAUCAUGGCUCUGACCUUUGGCUACGAGUACGUGGUGGUGAGGCCAGCACAGACAGAGGUGCUGAAGGGAAUUUUCCUGCCCUACUGCCCGGGCUGUGGGCGAGAGGAGCUGCUCCAGGCUGUGGGCAUCGUUGGUGCCAUCAUCAUGCCCCAUAACAUCUUCCUGCACUCCUCCUUGGUGAAGACCCGGGCGAUUGACCGCUCCAAGAAGGAGGAGGUAAAGGAGGCCAACAUGUACUUCCUGUCUGAGUCCUGCCUCGCUCUCUUCGUCUCCUUCCUCAUCAACCUCUUUGUCAUGGCUGUCUUUGGAGAGGCUUUCUACCACCAGCGCAAUGAGGAUGUGCAUAACAAGUGUGUCAACAGCAGUGUCAGUCACUAUGCCAGCAUCUUCCCCAUCAACAAUGAGACGGUCUCUGUGGAUAUCUAUCAGGGAGGUGUCAUCCUGGGCUGCUAUUUUGGGGCUGCAGCGCUCUACAUCUGGGCCGUGGGGAUCCUGGCAGCAGGGCAGAGCUCCACCAUGACAGGCACAUACGCAGGACAGUUUGUCAUGGAGGGCUUCCUGCAGAUGCGCUGGUCCCGCUUCACCCGGGUACUGUUCACUCGCUCCCUGGCUAUCCUGCCCACCCUCUUCGUGGCUGCCUUUAGGGACAUAAGCCAGCUGACGGGCAUGAAUGACCUGCUUAACGUGCUGCAGAGCAUCCUGGUGAGGGGUGGGCACAGCCGGGACAGCGACAGCGGCGGGAUCCGGCUCGAAAUAGGGCCCGGAGGAAGCACGGCCGCUUCUUUCCUCUUCCUCUUCGGGGACAGGGGACAUCGCAGCCUCAGGGCACGGGGGCAGCACUGCCUGCUAUCACAGCUGCCAGCCCGGCAGGAUGGGGGGAUUUUUCCCCUCGAUGUCUCCGUGGGGUCGGUGGUGGCACCGCGCAGGGACGCGGCUUUGCUCCCGAGCCUACCGGAGCGCACCCCAGACAGUCGCUCAGAGCCAGGGGACAGCUGGGACCCACGGGCGUCGCCACCGGUCCGGGCUGGGGGGGGGACAAACGGGGACACCCCAAGGCGCGUCCUCGUGGGGUGA